AUGCGGAAGCUCUUCAAACGAAACACUCCGGUUGCGGAGAACCUAGGAUCCUUCAUAGCGGCUUACAAUCAUAUGAAACCACUCUGGAUACAGAAACAACGAGAUGCUUUACAUCUCUCAGCGGAUGACCAACAACAAUUGAUAACCCAGCAAACGGAUCAACUAUUAUCUCUCUACAAACAACAUCAAGUAGACAUCCGUCUCGACGGCACUCAAUAUCCACUUCCCCUUCUUCACGAAGACGAUGUGCUAGUUACUCUCCCUCCACACGAGAAGGAAUUAGAUGACACUUUCUGCCGCGAGAUUGGCAAACUGGUACCACUUCUAACCUCUUCCACAAUACAUGAAGUUGAAGAAUAUAUAGUACAACUCAGUUCUGUAAUGACAGCACUAGCCAAGACCCCAGCGAGAAAACGCAUCUUGGAUCG